AUGGAAUUUAAUGAACAAGAUGGUUAUUGGCGUGCAACACUUGAUUUACCUGAUGGUAUUUAUCAUUAUCAAUAUAAAGUAGUGACAAAAUCUUGGUUUGAACCAGAACCAGAACCAGCUUUACCUGAAUAUAAUAUUGAUGACACUAAAACAUCGGAAGAAAAUGAACAAGCUCGAAAAGAUCUUCAAAAUGAACAUGAUAAAUUAGUUGAAGAAGUAAAAGAACGAAAUAGAAAACGAGAAGAAGAAAUAACUUUUACAGAAGUUUGGUAUACAUUUGUUGAUCCAUAUGCAACUGAAGUUGAUGAACGUGGUUCAGAUGAUUCUUUUCGAUCAGUUGGUGUACUUAUUUUUAAAAAUGGAAAAAGAAUCGUCGAUGAAUAUGAAUGGAAAUAUGAUAAUCAUGUUCCAUUAGUUCCAAACGAAAAGCUAAUUAUCUAUGAAAUUCAUAUUGGAGAUUUUGCAGAAAAGUUUACAAAUAUAACAGCUAAAAUCGAUUAUUUUGUUCAAUUAGGUAUCACAGCAGUGGAAAUUAUGCCAGUAAAAGAAUUUCCUGGACAAAUCGGAUGGGGUUAUACACCAAGAUAUCAUUUUGCAAUUCAAAGUACAUACGGAACAAGUGCUGAUCUGAAAGAAAUGAUUGAUGCAUUUCAUAAAAAUGGAAUUCGAGUUAUUAUGGAUGGUGUUUAUAAUCAUUGUGAUAUUUCUGCACCAUAUACUGCAAUUGAUCAUGACUAUUGGUUUCAUCAUGCACCAAAAGAUCCAGUUUGGUGUUGGGGACCAGAAUGGAAUUAUGAAAAAUACGAUGAAAAAUAUAAGAUUUGGCCAGCAAGAAAAUAUAUUGGUGAAUCUAUUAAAUAUUUUAUUAAUGAAUUUCAUAUUGAUGGCAUACGUUUUGAUGCAGCAACUCAAAUAGCUAAUGAUGAAUUUCUUAAAAUUCUCGUACAAGAAAUAAAACAACAAGCUCGAGAACGUGGUUUCGGAACAGAAUUUUAUUGUGUUGGUGAAUAUUUACCUGAUGGACCAGAACAUGUUAUAUCUAAUGGUGGUCCUAUGGAUGGUAUUUGGCAUGAUAGUUUCUUUUUAAAAUUACGUGAAUCUAUAGCUAAUGAAUCACCAAAGUUAAAUGAACUCAAAGAUGUAAUUGAUGCUCGUCGACAAGGAUAUAAAAAUAUUACUGAUGUUGUUAAUUAUCAAUCAAAUCAUGAUCAUAAUCGUUUAUUAGUCGAUCUUGGCAAAGAACAUCAAAUAUUUGAUGAAGAGGCAUUCCGUCGUGUACGUAUGGCAUUGACAAUUCAAGCAACAUCAUUUGGUCUGAUGAUGAUUUGGAUGGGUGCAGAAAUUGGUGAAUAUAAAGAAAAAACACCAGGUGUAGCAAAAAUUGAUUGGUCAUUAAUUGAAGAUCGAGAAGAUAAUUCAAAUGCUAUUAAUAAAGAACAACUACAAUUUUAUAAAGAUGUUAUUCAAUUACAAAAAUUAAAUUCAGCUUUUACAAGUCCAAAUAUUGAAUUUAUAUUUGAAAAUGAAAAUGAUUUUAUCUUAGCUUGGCAUCGAUGGAAUCCACCUAUUUAUGAUACACAUAAUCAGGGUGAUCAUGUUAUUAUUAUUUGUAAUUGGUCACCAAUAACAUAUGAGAAAUAUGAAAUAUUGAAUAUUCCACGUAAUGGUAAAUGGUAUGAAUGGCUUAAUAAUGAUAAAGAAUAUAUAGUCGAACAUAAUAAAUUAAUUAUUGAAGAUUUUAAAGAUCAUUCAACUAGAAUUUUUGUAUAUCAAAAUUCAUCCUUUUUUCCAAUUUCUAAUACAACAAUAUCUACCGAUCGAAGACAUUUUAUUCAUAUUCAUUCAAAAAUCAUCUCGAUUAUUGGUAUUCUUCUUAUACCAAUUGUUCUUAUAUGUUUAACUAUAAUGUAUUAUUUUUAUAAACGACAUCUAAAAACUAAAUAUCAUCAAGAAACAGAACGAAAUAUUAUUCUAGAUAAUGAACAGACAUCGUCUAUUGAUCGUUAUACUAGUAUUGAAAUAAAUGAAAAUGAUUCUACAGUUAAAUAUCAAUUUAUGCAAUAA